UUCUUUGUUUAAUCAAUGGUUGACGCUACUUUUUAGCGUCAAUGAAAUUGUACUUUAGUGACAAGUGAAUAUCAGCUGAUGUCAGAUGACAGGUGACGGAUAGUGACAGAUCAAUAUCGUCUCCAUCCGCAACGUUCGAAACGCAAAGACUGAACAGUAUUUCGCAUUAAACGCAAUUUAUCAUUAAAAAUCUCAGUCAUAACCUCGAAGAUGAUGCAGCAAGAACCUACGGCCUACGAUCUGGCGUAUCGCGGCAAAACCGCUGCCGUCAAGAUCCUGUUGAACGAGAACGAGAAGCUGAAGACGCAAACCGACAGCAACGGCCGCAUGUUGAUACAUUGGGCAGCGCUGGGUGGCCACGAUGACCUCGUCAGGCAUUUGCUGUCUCUCGACGUACCUGUGGAUCCUGUGGACGAUACGGACAUGACUCCCCUGAUCCUGGCGUCGUCCGCCGGUCGCGAGAAGGUCGUCAACACGCUGCUGACCGAGGGGGCGAACGUGAACGCGAUGACCAUCGACGGCCAUUCGGCUCUGCAGUACGCCGCCUCCAAGAACUGGAAGUCCAUCUGCGUCGCGUUGCUCGACAAGGGCGCCGACGUGAACAUCGCGGAUAAACGGGGCGCCACCCCGCUUCACAGAUCCGCCUCAAAGGGCAACAUCGCCAUCGUGGAACUCCUCAUAGAGCACGGGAAGAAAUUGAAUAUAGAUCAAAGGGACGCGUAUGGUAACACGCCGUUGCAUCUCGCUUGCGAGGAGAACCGCGUGGAAGAGGCGAAGCUGCUGGUGACGCGCGGAGCGGACCUGGCGAUCACCAACAGGGAGCGCAAGACCCCGUUGGAUCUCGCGAGUCCCGGUUUGGUCCGAGAGCUCGAGGAAAUCAAGCGAGAGGCCGCGUCGAAAUAAAAGAAACGCGCUCCGAUCCUUCCGUUUUAUUUAAGUUUCGUUUAAAUAAGUCUCCAAUAAAUUCAUCACGAUCGAGUUUCCUUCCUUCAAAUUUAUUGUAUGCCUCUCUUCUCUCU